AUGUCCGACUCGGAAGAAUUGGUUGAGCUCCCCGAGGAUGAGGAGGGUGAUGACCUCUUUGGCGAUGAGCUCGCGGACGACGUCCAGGAAGACCGCAGCCGCGCUGGCAGUGAACGCGCCGCAUCCGACCAAGAUGCGGGCGAAGACGGAGAAAGAUUUGAUGCAGCUCCGACAUCGACGGAUUACGAGACCAAAGUGAUCGAAGCUGUUGAAAUGCAGCGCCAUCGCACCCCGAAAGCGAAGGAACAAAGACUCGGAUCUCUUCGCGUGCCCAAGUUCUUGAGAUUCAUUCCCACGCUGUACGACCCCGAUACAUUCGAACCCACCGAGGAAGACAUCGAGAAUGCGAAAGCCGACACGCCCAAGAUGGAUGUUCGUGUUCGCAGACAUGGCAACAAGUUACAAAGCAAUGCCAUGAUCCACAGAUGGAGCGACGGGUCGGUCACAAUCACAGUUGGCGACGAGCAUCUCGAAGUGACGCACAAGGCGCUGGCUCCCGGCCCGGAUCAGCCAUACUCCGAUCUGCAAGACGGCCACUAUUACGCCGCCGCUGCCGAGUACUCGAGUAACUUCCUCAUGUUUGUGGGUCAUGUCACCGACCAGUUCAUUGUGCGCCCAGGCAAGGAAGUGCAGGAUGAUGCGCUUGCGGCUCUUGCAGAGCGCAUGGCCACUGUCACGCAGAAGCCGCAAGAGAAGGACAUGAUCAUCAACACCAUUCAGGACCCGGAGCUCAGAAAGCGGCAGGCGGAGCAGGCAGAGAAGGAACGCAUGAAGGCGCAGCGUCGUCGCGAAAACGCGGCCGCCAAGUUGACAGACGCCAGCCGGGGCUACGGACGCGGCGGUGGUCUCUCCAUCGGUGACCUGGAGGGUGGACGCCGCGCCGGAGGCUCUCGCAAGAGGGGUGCGGCCGGUGCACCGAAGCAAAAGAGGAGACGCCCCGAAUACGACUCUGACGAUGAUGCACCCGCUGGAGCUUACAGGCAGAACGACUACGACAUGGAGGACGACUUCAUUGUUGGCAGCGACGAAGACAUCAGCGAAGGCCCGGAUGACGAUAACGAAGAGAUUCUGGACGACGAUGACGAAGACGAGAGGCCGCGGUCGAAGAAGAGACAGAAGAUGUCGGACGACGAAGAUGCUGAUGGCGACGAGGACGAUAUGAUGGAGCCGAGUGGCAGAGGCAGACGUCGUCAUGUUGUCGACGACGACGAUUCGGAGUAA